CACACCUAAAGAAAAAAGAAAAACGUUAUACACUUCCUGACUCUCUGGACAGAUGUUCAGAGAAACUGCUGAUGAGCAUUACCCGAACCAACAGAGAGAUUAUGAAACGUGAGGACAAGUCUUCAAUCUCAUUAUCCCUACCUAAACUAAUCUACCAGGAACAACCCCUCCAAGUAAUCCAUACGCGCGUGCCGGUGUAACACACACAGAUACGUGUGCAUGCGUUGUAGUAAAAGGUGAUCCAUACUAGUGAUAAAUAUGCAGGAUACAAUGUUACUGGGCUUGGAGGGAAUCAAAAAAAACAUCCUGCAUGGAGGCACUGGGGACAUCCCAAAAUUCAUCACUGGGGCAAAGGUGACGUUCCACUUCCGCACACAGCUGUGUGACGCCGAGCGCACGGUGAUCGAUGACAGCAAAGUGGUGGGGACGCCCAUGGAGAUAGUGAUCGGCAACAUGUUCAAACUGGACAUCUGGGAGACGCUGUUGUCUUCCAUGAGGAUUGGGGAGGUGGCGGAAUUCUGGUGCGACACCAUUCACACCGGAAUCUAUCCACUUGUGGCCAAGAGCAUGAGGCGCAUUGCAGAGGGCAAAGACCCAGUGGACUGGCACAUCCACACGUGUGGUAUGGCCAACAUGUUCGCCUACAACAGCCUCGGCUACGACGACCUGGACGAGCUGAGAAGAGAACCAAAACCUCUCUAUUUGUCCCUGGAGCUAAUGAGGGUGCAGCAGCCUAGUGAGUACGACAGGGAGACGUGGGCUCUGAGCGACGAGGAGAGGCUGAAGGUGGUCCCCGUGCUGCACGGCCACGGCAACAAGCUCUACAAACAGGGGCAGUACCAGGAGGCCACACAGAAGUACAAGGAGGCCAUCAUCUGCAUCAAGAAUGUUCAGACGAAGGAGAAAGCGUGGGAGGUCCCGUGGCUGAAGCUGGAGAAGAUGGCCAACGCCUUGACGCUCAACUACUGCCAGUGUCUACUGCGCAUGGAGGAAUACUACGAGGCCAUCGAGCACACCAGCGACAUCAUCAACCAGCACCCAGGUGAUUUUAAGGCCUACUACCUGCGAGGGAAGGCCCACGCGGAAGUGUGGAACGAGGCGGAGGCUCGGCAGGACUUCAGCAGGGUCCUGGACCUGGACCCCGGCAUGAAGAAGGCCGUCAAGAGGGAGCUGGCCGUGCUGAACAUGCGCAUGGAGGAGAAGAACCAGGAGGACAGGAACAAGUAUAGAGGCAUGUUUUGAUACGAGGCUGCAGAAGAGGUUUGAGAAUCGGAGAGGCGAUGAGCUGAGGAGGAGUUAAGAUGCUGCAUCUCAAAUCUACACACUUAGUUUUUGCCUUUAAAACAUGGAUAGUGUCCAAUAAAUACAGUAUAGGGGUAUAAAAGGUAUAUUUAAGACAUAAGCCCCUUUUUUUCCAGUUCCUCCAAACAUGAGUGAGACAAACAAUUCAAUUAUGGACUUUACACUCUGAUGGUAAAGUGAACACAGCUUUUGCAAAGAAAUGUGCAAAAAUACAAUCUAGGGGAAGUGUACAACUUCACAGUAUUAAAAAUAGAAAUAUGCAACGUAAAGCAACAACAGCCCAAGAGGAACUGUCAACGUAACGCAGACGAAUGUAGACACAUAAAUGUAAUGCGUGUGCGGCUUUGUUUUUUCGGACGCUUCUGUGCUUUUCUGCAGGAAGGUAGGCAAGUAGAUGAAUUGCCUUCCACUCACAUGUAUGAAAUAUAUAUGGAGCUGGAGUUACUGAGCAUAAAUACUUUGAACAAGAGGGAACUGCUAACAUUGUUAUAACACCAUUAUAACAAGCAAGCUUCGGCUGUACUGAUGAAUUUUGUGUCACACAACCACUCGGACACCAGUGGUCUAAUCCAACCCUCUCAAGAAAGCACAAAAGCUUAUUAAAUGUUGAACAAUUCAUUUGCUGUUUGUAAUAUUGUUUUGUAAUAUUUCCUUUUUCAAAUCACGUAUAAAAAAAGGUCCCCGAUUAAUGGACACUAGUUAAAUGACUGCCUGUGUGUCUUCAUACCAGAUGUUUCUGCAACCCAACAACCCCAUUAAUGCAGUCUUUGCAGUCCCACUGUGCCUUCACCUUCCCAAAAACAAUAGAUAUUAUUUCAAAAUUAAGUGCUAUAAAAUCAAAUGAAAGCCAAGUAAAUUCUGGGUCUGUGUUGUAAGCACAGCGGCCUUCCACAGGGUGGAGCUCUGACCAUUAUUCCUGUUUAUCCCUGAACCACGUUGACGACAUUAUCCUGAGCCCAGCGGUUUCAUUUUCAUGAGGAGUCAAGGGGCUCGUAAAAAUAAAUGACCUGGCUUAAAUCUA